AUGAAGUUCAUCCUGAGGUUCCUUCCCUUGUCGCUGGCAGCAGCGGCGAAUUGGCCAGCAUGUCAGGAGCAGAACACGGUGAUCCGAAAUGCGGGGCAGGCGCUCUUUACCAACUUGCAGGGCUAUGGCGCGACCAUCGGAUGCUUUUUGGAUGAUUGCAUGAGCUCCGACAAGUUCGUGGCCAGUGAGAUCGAGUCGUGCGCAAAGGUCCUCAACCCCACCGAUGCCCAAUCGGACGAGCCGUCAGACCGGGACGACGUCGGGCCAUGGCCUUGGACCAUCGAAUUGCCGGGCUGUUUGCUUUUCGCUGCCCGAGUGCGAGUUCUGGGCCGGGGAUCUCGACAGACGUCGUGGAUCGACUAUGGGGACCUGUUGUUGGAUGGGAAUGGAUUUGAGCCUCAGGAGCUGAUUCCACUGGGGGAUGUGUGGGGCAGCGAGGAAGGCGAGCAGAAGUGCUGGUUCAGGACCGGAGAUAGUGGCCGCGAAGCGGGAGAAGGUUGGAUCUCCGCUUCCAGGGAAUGUGUGCCACCAGGCACUAAAGCCUUGCCUUUGGGUAAUGCAGAAUGUUGGGUCGAAGGCUUUGGCUAUGAAAACUGCGGGGCACCCAGAACGCCGGGCGCUCUACCACCCGCACUAGCGGCGGCCGCCGCCAAGAAUCCGAAGAUCAAGGAAUACAUGCAGGACAAGGAGUUGAUGCAGAAGGUGAACAUGUUGGCCUCCCUUAGUGGCACCAUGCAGCAGACAAUGGUCAUGCAGAUGGUGCAGCAGGACCAAAGAGUCUUGGAGCUCUUCCUUGCCAUGCAAGGGGUGGAUGUCAGCACCAUGCGGCCAGAAGACUUCGAACAAGAGACACCACCACCUCCCAAGAAGCAGCCAAAGAAGGAAGAGCCUAAAGAGGAGGACCUACGGACCCCUGAGCAAAAGGAGGCAAACGAAUGGAAAAGCAAGGGAAAUGAACUGUACAAGAAGAAGCAGUUCAAAGAGGCCUUGGAGAUGUACGACAAGGCCAUCGAGGUGGUGCCAAACGACAUCACCUAUCACAACAACAAGAAUGCCGUGCUCAUUGAGAUGGGCGCUGAGCAAUAUGAUGCAGUGCUCAAGAGCUGUCAAGACCUUCUUGAUCGGAGGUAUGAGAUAAACAGUGCCAAUCCCGGCGGCGCUUCCUUCGAGAAGGUCGCCAAGGUCUUUCAGAGAAUGGCCUCUGUGUACGAAAAGCAGCAGAAGUACGAUGAUGCCAUCACCAUGUACAAUAAGGCAUUGACCGAGGAUAACAAUCGCAGCGUGCGCAACGCGCUUCGGGAGUGCGAACGAGCCAAAGAGAAGCAUGAGAAAGAUGCCUACUUGGACCCUGCUAAGGCAGAGGAGCAUCGAGAGAAGGGCAAUGAGCUGUUCAAGGAGUUGCUGGCUGCAGUGCUGUAUGUCAAGAAGGAUCCAGGACCUCAGAAAUCGGCAGGCUUUGGUCCUGCCUUGGUCACGGAUGUCUUCAUGGAGCUCUCCAGGACCUUCCUGCUCGCUUUACAGCAGGGCUUGGUGGAGAACCCGCCAGCUUACAGCUCGGAGGCCACGAUCCGUCCAGGUGACCUUUACUAUCUCCACCAACUGCUGCACAGUUUCCAUGAUCGGGCCAUGCAAGUGGUUGCCGCCUUAGGAGCCAAGGCUGAAGGCCUGCUCUUCGCAAACUGGAGAGCCACAGCCGCUGGGCUCAGGGUGGUCCACAUGACCUUCGCUUCGGCCUACACCCAGCUGGCGGCGGGAGAAAACCUGGGAGACCUGGUCGCCAGGGAGGGUGACUGGAGGCACUGCCAGUCCAACACCAUUGUCAACCUUGAGCUGCUGGACACCCCGUAUGCCCGGCCGCCCGACGUGGAGGCAGAGGACUCGAACGGCACGGAGGUGAACACGGGUUCCGCGCGCCUGCGAACGAUGAUGAACAGGGUCUACGACUAUGCGAAUCCCAGGCCCAGCUAUGAGAUCGCUGUGGGCGACCAGGCGGUCGCCUGGCUGGCGGUGUCCUCGAAGCUGCGAUCCGUGGUGGUGAAGACCAAGAAAGUCCAGGUCUCCGUAGAUGAACCAACUCUCUUCGGCCCUUCGUGGGCAAGGAAAAUCUUGAAGAAUUUCGGGCUCUAUGACAUGUACGUGCUGCAUGCACUGCCGUCGUAUUUCUGGAAUCGCUGCCCCGGUGCCUUGCGCGUGCGGGUGCUGAGAGGCUCCAGCGGACCAAGCCAGGUGCUCUCGCUGCUCUCUGCUGAGAAGCGGAUUCAUGCCUUUCAUCUUCCGGAAGAACAAUAUCGACGGAACACCUGGUGGGUUUCAGGUGAGACUUUCCUCGUGGUCCUUUGUGGAUUGCUGGUGGCCAUCGUCUUCUCAAGCUUCUUAAGGAGCUUUCUAGUUCUGAGCUGCCGAAUGUAUGUGAACCACCAGUUCUGCUUGCGCCACCUACGGCGCUUCGCCUUCAUUGCGCAGGAGAUGCGGCGGGUGAAUCGCGCGCCGUCCACGGUCUUGUUGGAGCUUUGGGUCGCCUGGAGCGCCAGUGCCGUGCUCUUGCUCUGGCUUUUGGCGGAAGCGGUGAAACGUUCCUGGGCUUGGCCUUGCUGGAUGGGUUGCUACGCCAUGACCGAGUUUUGGGGUCUCGCCCACGUGCGGACCUUGCAGAGUCGCUGGACCUUUCCACGUGCGGCGCUGAUCUUGAACGCGGGACCGCUGGCCUAUGUCUACUGGUGGCCUUAUGGUUGCAAGUGGCUCUUGGUCUGGCUCGUGAUCUCAUCACAUAUCUCGCUUGGCUUCUAUUUGCUCUUGCACUUCGACUAUUGCUUCUCACUGAAUCCGGAGCCCCCCCAUCAACUCUAUGUCUCCUCCUUGUUGCUGCCCGCCGUGCGCCUCUCCCGUCACCGGGAGAGCGCAGCGCCUCGUCCCGUGCCCAAGCGCCCAGACGCCCGCGGCGCGCCGGUGCCACGCGGAGAAGAGGUGUUGGAGACGGGGGAACAAAGGGUUACAGGUGACGUGAGCCGCGGCUCUGCACCAGUUGGAGCAACAGAACGAAGGCCGGAAGGCAUGCUGGAUCUGGAUGAGAUUGACUGA